AUGGCUGAUAGUACAACUUCUAUUACAAACUUUAGAGAGCAGUGCUUUCCUUUUGCUUACCCUACAUUUUAUUGUGGCGAGGUAUGGGGAAUAUUUCCAAAUUUGGAUGAAGAAGAUUUGGGUAAGAUUUAUAUCUGUGGGAUGAGUGCUGGAUAUGUAGGUGACUACCAAACAUGUUCUCAAACAAGUUACCCAAAUAUGUCUAAUUAUGUUACAUUUCCAAUAGAUCAUCCAUAUCCUAUAUUUGGGUGUGGAACAGAAACAAGUACAUACACUAAUUUAACAAAAGAAGAAGCUAUGGAUAUUUAUUCGUGUGGUAUUACUCAAGGUAAGUUCCUUUUAAAGCAGAAGAAAUCAAAUGCUAAUCAAGGAAGACUUAGUUGGACAUUGAGUGCAAUUGUUAUAGUUUUUAUGUGUAUAUUGAUCCAGCUUUAA